AUGGGCAAAAAAAAACAACAGCAGCAGAGACAACAACAAUUUAGGCAAGAACAACAACUAAGGAGCUGCAUGAGCGUGAAGCUGUUAGAAGAGCUGAAAACCAGAGAGGGAUUGACAAUUUGUUGUAAGAACAUUUCUUCAGUCUUUAAGGGUCACCAACUAUAUCUCCGUCAGCUUUUGAUAGCGCUUGCUGAAACUGCAAACGAGGAUAGUUUAGCAGAUACAGUUUCUUCUUUAGAUAUUUCUACUUCCCUCGAAUGUCUUUGUGCAGCUUUUCAGCAAGAUAUGUUGGCAAACAGAGAAGCUCUUACAAUUAAAUGA